CAAUGGACCUCGCCUGUGAUCCCACCCAGCCGCCGCCGGCAAAGCGCACGACGGAACCAAACUGCACCACCAUCGACUCCCUCGGCGACGACAUCCUGCGGGAGAUCUUGCUCCUCCUCCCCUCCCUCACGGCGCUCAUCCGCGCCGCCUUCACCUGCCGGGCGUGGCGCCGCGCCGUGGCCUCCUCGCCGUCCUUCCGCCGCCGAUUCCGCGCCCUCCACCCGUCGCCUCCCCUCGGCCUGUUCUUCACGCGCCCCAGGUCCGUCCACCGUCCCAACGUCCCUGCCCUCCCCGACUUCGUGCCGACCCGUCGCCCCGAUAAGGACCUGGCCGCCGCCGUCCGCUGCGGCGACUUCUUCAUCACCUCCAUCCCGGAUCGCCGCGGCGAAACACCCUGCUGGGAUAUCGUGGACUGCCGCGAUGGCUUCCUCCUCCUCAAUGAUUGGGACAAUUCGUUGCUUGCCUUGUUCAACCCAUAUUCAAGGUGGAGCCGUGGGGUCUUCGACAUGCCGGAUGGGGAUAUCUUUGGGGAUUACCGUGGAAUUUUCGGCCUCCGUAGUAUCCACCUGAUCUACUCUGACGAGGAACCCAUGUCGUUCCGGGUGGUGUGCCUUGUCUAUGAUGAGUCCAGGGUGAGGGCUUUGGUCUUCUCCCCCUCCGAUACCUCGGGGUGGCACAUUGGCCCAUGGGUGGAGGUCUCCCCGACGCCGCAGACCGACUCGGAGUGGCUUGAGGAGGGCAUGCAGGCUAAUGGGUUGUUCAUCUUUUGGGUUUGCGUGGAUCUGAAGAUUGUGGUUACAUUGAACACUACUACUUUGGAGUUCUCGGUUGAUGAGCUCCCACAAUGCUUGACGGCGGUAGAUCAAGACGUCAGUUUUGACGUGGGUGAAACCAUGGAUGGUGCACCUUGCAUUGUUUAUGCAGUUGAACUCACCAUUGGUGUCUUGUUGCGCAAAGCUGAUGAUGACGGUGUUGAGAAAUGGGUGCAAGACAGGGUAGUUCCUCUGGAAACACAGCUUGCCCGGAUAAUCGAGGACCUACCGCUACCAGGUGACCUCCAACUAAAUGUUGCUGCAAUCAGGAAUGGCUUUGUCUACUUGGCAACGUCGGAUAUGUACCAUGAGCCCCAGAAUCCUUGUUGGUUCCUGUCCCUUUGCUUGGAAACAAUGGAGCUGGAAAUGCUGUUCCAGAGGACAUUUGACAACCAAAUUUAUCCCUAUGUCUUACCAUGGCCUCGUUCUUUAGUAGGUAACUAUGGGAGGUUUGCGCUUGAAGUUGCUCCAUGAAAUGCAUUAUUGGACAUCAGAUGUAACUAUGACGAGGAAGGUGAAUUUGUACUCCCUCCGGUUCAUAUUAAUUGACUCUAAUAUGGAUGUAUCUAGACACAUUUUAGUUCUAGAUACAUCCAUAUUGAAGUCAAUUAAUAUGGAUCGGAGGGAGUACAAGAACUGCAAGGACAUUUGCUUCUUGUUCCCCAUUAAAAUUAUAAUGUCUUAGUGCUACUCAGGACUAUUACUCCAGUUGAAUUCAGUGGUGUUGAAGAUCUAUUCCUUACCUAUUUACCUGUCAAUCCCAUGUCGUUACCUUUUGCACUAUUUGUUGACUAGUGGUUUACAUCCAAUUAGAACUUCUCAUAUUUGGUGUAAGUCUAAACUUGUUUGCUAUUUGGUCACUAAUAACUGUGUUGAUUUCAGGUGUUGA